AGCACGGACUCAGUCCUCCAGCAAACUCCACCGAGGACUUGUUGAGCUUGUGUGCACCUAGCGAGGGGUAGCUAAUCCUGCCCGGCCGAGGUGUAAAGGCGUUCCAGGCAAGCUGAGCCAGGGCGCAAGAACUUUUCAACCGAAGAUCAGUACAUCUCUAACAGCAUGAAGGCGUGUGCGGUGAUAACGUUAGUGCUUGUAGCAAACACGGCUUACAUCGGUGUUGAGGCAUGGGGUGGCCUUUUCAACCGCUUUAGUCCUGAAAUGCUGUCUAAUCUCGGUUAUGGCAGUCAUGGAGGCUACAUGAACCGUCCUGGAUUAUUACAACAGUCAAUUCAGGAAGGAUAUGGCGGUAUAUAUGAAGGAGUUGAACCAACGGAAGAACCUUGCUACGAGAGAAAAUGCGUGUAUAAUGAUCACUGUUGCCCAGGUUCCAUUUGUGUAAAUCUCGAUGGAGUUGUUGGAACAUGUGUUUUCGAUUUUGGUAUGAAACAAGGCGAGCUUUGCAGACGGGAUAGCGAUUGCGAAACUGGCUUAAUGUGUGCCGAAAUGCCUGGACGGGAAACAAAAUCGUGUCAACCGCCGACCACUUCAAACAAAUUAUACAAUGAGGAGUGCACUAUGUCAAGCGAGUGUGAUAUCAGCCGUGGACUGUGCUGCCAAUUACAAAGGCGACACCGACAAACUCCUAGAAAGGUUUGCUCGUACUUCAAGGAUCCUCUGGUCUGCAUCGGCCCGGUAGCGACGGAUCAAAUAAAGUCCGUGAUCCAAUAUACUUCCGGCGAGAAACGGAUCACUGGACAGGGCAACCGCCUAUUCAAGCGGAUGCCAUUCGCCUAAACGCUCGCGCGUUGUCACAACGGAUGGGAAGUAUAUAAGAUAACAUACAGUAUAUAAGAUAAGCUACGAGAAAAUCAAAUCUUUCUUUAGUCGUUGUGAAGAUACUUAGGUCUAAGUCUGUCGAUUCGACAUUACAUUCAAUCUCCUUCCAAGUCCUAACUCUACUCCAUGCCACGAUACACCGGAAAGUAUGAUAGCGUGCGACAAAAGUGGAAUUAAAUAUUACUCGGGGAGAUGUUACUUCGAGGAUGUUUCUUCUUCGAAUAUAGCGCGACUGACAAACCUAUACACAUAUCAUAGUAAGCCGUCUUAUAGGUCUCUAGGGAUAAGGGACACGCUAGCGUAGUUACGAUAAGGAAAGUGCGCUGAUGUUUAAAAGCGCCGUUCGACAAAGAUGUUUCUUAAUGAUAUAAAACUAAGGUGUAGAGAAAAGCUCGAAAGAAGGUUUAUCUAUCGGUCUACCGGUUGAGCUUUUCUUUCGAAUUAGUAGAGAAAGUUUAAUGAAGCACUUAAUUGUUCGCGAUAAGUCAUGGUCAUAGAAAUAAGAUAUAAUAAACGAGAGGCGUGCACAAAGGGAAAAGUAAAGUCCUUGUUAUCGUCGCAGUGUCAACAUUGACUAUUUUAUUCUAUUAAUCAAUGAUAUUCUCGUUAUGCUAAUCUGUAGGAUAUUUCAAAUGAUAAAGUCUAUCUUUCGAGAAUUUUCGAAGCAAUAGAAUAACAGAUCAUGACCACUGACACAACAAUGUGGUUGCAUUGCAAACGAGAUUUUCCUCAAUGCGAGAAAUUUCAAUGUCGAUACCGUGAACGAUAAUUAAAUUGUAAAAGACUGUGCUUUCAACUGCAUUUUCAUACAUUUUCACUGCGUAUCAUAAAAUCAAAAUUGAUUUAAAAUUUGUUAAUUUUAUAAUAACAAAAAUAAUCUUACGCAAAAAGAAGAUGAUAUACGAAAAGCGCUUCUAACACAAAAUUAAAAUAUUAUAUUAAAAUGAAAAUGAUCCAAUCAAAAUCUAAAAGAGACAUUCCCUAAAUUUGAGAUGUCUUUUGGAUUUUUUUUGGAAAGCGCUUUGAAUUUCUAUACUGUUUGUGAAAUGCAUAUUUCGCAAUUUUGAAUAACAAAAUGAAGGAAGUGCAGUUAAAAGGAACAAAAGUAUCGUCAACGAUUGCAAGUUGACUUACAUCUUUAAUUGGAGUUCUUGAGUGAUUCCAGUGAGUCGAAAUGCCAGCAGGACAUGACGAAAGAAGUCGUCUGCAAUGGCGGAUUUAAGACUCAAAUAAAAUAAGAAAUAACAUUUCUAGCAAGC